GAGUUCAGACGCCUGACUGUACAGGAGAUGGCAAAGCUGCAAGGAUUUGGUUGGGAGGAUUGGGCCCGUUUUGGCAUGGGCGACGUCCACCCGACCCUGAUGCAGAACAUGCUCGGGAAUGGGUUCUCUACGCCGGUGUUCCUGGCUUGCUUUGUGAGUGCGCUGACCCACUGCGAUGCCUGGCAGCCGCGUUUCUGUGCACCAGCUUUGCGGCGGCUUGAACGGCUGAAUUUGCCGCGUCCUGUGAGCGGAACGUCAGAUGAGGUGAAGUUGAGAGACUGGGUUACUCAGGUCUACAGCCUUCGGCAUGGAGCACCGGAGGGUGAGAUGAUCGGACUCCGUCUACCUCCCGGAGUGGACCUGAAGAAUGUUGACUCUGAGUAUGGCCUCUACAUGUUUGACGACGGCGGCCAGAAGGCGUUGGCUGCUGCGCUGGUGUUGCUGGGAUGCUUGCACCUUGCCGGGACAGAGCCCAUUGAGAGUCUCCGCCAUCCCCAUGUCACUGGGCUGGUGAAGGGGCUGCUCCAAAUCCCAACAUUGCACAAGAGUCAGGCUUCUGAUGAAGUCAGCCAGAUGCUUCAGAGGAUAGUCAAGCAGAACGUAGAUGCCAAGAAACUCCCCGUCAGCAGCUUUGAAUGGUGUGGAAUUUUGGAGAGAUUGGGAGAGGAAAGCAUCGGCUCCAUCUCUGAAGCAGUGCAAAAAUACAAUGAAGCCAAUGACCGGAGUGCCAGUGGCAGCCUCAUGAUUGAUUCAAAGAAAUGCUAUGCCAUUGGUCAUUGGAUGCACAAGUGCUGCAAGGAGGCAAAGGCCAUAGUCAUGGACGCCAUGCAGGAUGCCCCAUUCCAGUAUGGACCUUUUGGAGAGGGUCUAGCCCAAAUGCCACAGCUAUUCAUUGGGAGUAAGGCUGACGGCAUGCGGUCUUCUCCUGAAAGUGGCCUGUUUCCUUUGGCCAACGAAGAGACCCUGCGUAUUGAUUGGGACCUCACUUUGGAGUCUCAUGGACAGGCCAUGCUGUUUGAGCGAAUCAAACGGGCAUUUGAGAUGAAUACAGCAAUAGUGGCAGAGGUUCGGGACAAAAGAAAAUACAGAAUGUCACUCGAGGAUUUGACAUCUGUCAGAAAUCUCUGUGCACUUUGGCAGCAAAUCAGAGCAUUCUGCAUGACCCGGAUCCCAGACGAGUUUACAAAGCUUGAUGAGAGACUUCGGAGCGGCAGUUCCAUGGACGAGCAACUCCAGCCUUUGUUCCAAGAAUGCCCCAGUGUCUUUAGCAUCUCAAUGCUCCCACUGACUCAAAAGGCCGCACUGACUGAGCUGAAGCUGAAAGAGGAGUCUGUCACAGUUGAGGUCGAGCGACAACGACUGGAGCUCCGAGCUGCCAAAUGGAAAUGGUUCCAGGGAGCACUUGCAAGAGAUCAGUCCCAGAUGGCAUUGAUAUCUCAAGCACCUGAGAAGAUUCAAGCACUCAAGCACAGGAAGGUAAUGUCAUGGAGGCUUGAACAGGCAAAGGUUGGAGAACGUGUGGUCCUUGCGUAUGCAGACAAGUUCCUUCGGUGCAGGCAAGUGGAGAAGUUGCAGCACCUUCACGAGGUCCUUCAUGAGUACCGGUCAUUUGUUGCAGAAUCUGCCGGGAUCAAGCAAACAGACUUGUGCAUGGUGAGCUUCUGCGACUUAAACGUGCCGCUGGCCAACUCGAAAGAGCGCAUGGGCGAGCUGAUGCAGGCCAUUGCUUGCAUCAACGAUAUCCAGCCUUCCAAGAACAUUGGGAUCGUGGAGUGCGCAGAGCAUCCUCGCAAGAGCUCACGUCGGGGGCACGCCGACGAGGAAAAAGAGCUGCAAGAGGAACUAUGGGCAUUGAGGCAGCAGUGCGACACGCGAUGGAUAUUACCAUUUGAAGUACCUGCAUCGGCAGAGGCACACAGUUCACGCAGGAGGUGGAGUUUUGGCCGCUUGGUGACCAACAAGGAAGCGGAAGAGACCAAUCAGUUCAUGGUUGCCUCAGAACUGGCAUUAGCCGGACGACCGCUCACUGACAAGAAGAUCGUGAUUCCUCUGUCCAAGGACCUUCUCCUUCCAGAAUCACUGGAGGCUGACGAGGACCUGAAACAAGCAGACAGACAGAGGCCUAGCGCCGAGGCCAUCGCGGCGCAGAAAGGAUCCGACAGGUACCUUGCGCUCUUUCGGAGCCUGUUCAGCCUUUCAGGAGAUGGGCUCGCCAAGCAGGCAGUAAUCCUGAUCAACUUGACCGGCUACGUCGAGGAGCUUGGCGCUGCGGCUUUUCGCCAGAAUUUGGCACUCUGUAGUAAAGCUAUACCAUUAUGUUUGCAGUGGAUCUGUCAUGGGCUCCUUAUCAGAUGA